AUAUAAUUUUAUUUAUUACAAUUGAACCGAAUUUGUUUGAAUAAAAACGUAUUGUAGAUUUUUUUAUGUCGGUAUGUUAUACAUCUACAUGAGACUUAUCAUAAAGGCACGCAUGAAUAGUCUAGUUUCGCCAUCCGAUCGGUAGGAGGACUGAAGUAUCAUCUAAAAAGUAUCUUGUUGUUUUUUUCUAUACUUUCUCAUACAAGUCAAUACUUGGACUGUCGAAGUCCGCAUCUAUGAAGUUUUAGUCAAACCUUUAAAAGGAUUUUCAAUUUCAAAAAAGAUUUCUCGCCGGGGCUUUUAAUUUUUAAAGACAGCAUGUCCAAACGAACCUCAGACGAAUAUUUAAAAGGAACCCAGGAGAAAAACUCAGAGGGAAAGCCGGCACAGGAGGCACCCGCUCCCAAAAAGGCGAAGCUCGCAUUCAGCAUCGGGAAGAAGGUGCUCUACCAGAAUAACUUGAAAAAUGUCAUCAAGAAGACUGAGGAAAAACCCAAACCUAUUAAGAAUUCGCUGAGGGAAGCUUUCAAUUCCGACAGUGAAGAAGAAGAAGAAAUGCCACGCGAGGCAAAAAUGAGAAUGAGGAAUAUUGGAAGAGAUACACCAACAUCAGCAGGGCCAAACUCCUUCGGAAAGACCAAACAAGGGUUUUGCGAUGCUAAAAAGGUUUUUGAGAAAAAACUUCGAGCAGCAGCGGAGAGUACAGCAGAUUAAAGAAUAUUUUUUAGCACAAAUGUACAAUUUCUGUUCUAACUUUUACAAAAAAAAGAAG